AUGAGCGACGCAGAGCAACAUCAUGACACCGUGUCAUCUUCUUCAUCAUCAUCAUCAUCAUUUCCAAGCGAGUCAGAGGAGGAAUUGCAGCAUAUGCAAUUGGCCCCACCAGCGUGGAAGAACAGGAAGCACCUUUCAAAGCAGCUAUCGAUGUGUGAAAAGCCACGUGACAUUGCAUGGGAGAGGAGGCGCAGACAAGAGCGAAGGAGGAGUACCAUUCAAGAAUGUGAUGAUUUGAUUCUCACGGAUGAAGAUCUUCAUGAGCUUAAAGGGUGUAUACAACUAGGGUUUGGAUUCAAUGAGGAAGAUGGUCAAACACUAUGCAACACAUUGCCAGCACUUGAUCUUUACUUCGCUGUUAACCGCAGGUUGUCACCUAGCCCUGUCUCUACCCCAAAUAGCCGUGGCUCUUCCCUCGGAGGCCGUUCUUCAUCGUUUGGAAGCCCCAGGAGUGACUCUGAUUCCUGGAAGAUUUGUAGCCCAGGGGAUGACCCUGAACUGGUAAAGACCAAGUUAAGGCAUUGGGCUCAAGCCGUUGCUUGUUCUGUAAUGCAAUCUUCGUGAAGUGUGGGUUGAUUUUGUAAAGAGGGAUAUUUCUAGAGAUGCACGGACAAAAAGGAAAGGAAG